UGUAAACAUGAUUCUACGCUAGUAUCCAUUGUUUCGUAUAACAGCUUUUUUGUCAUAGAUGUCAGAAUCAGAACGAGAUGAUUUAUCGCUGGUCAUGAAAUAAUAUUUCUUACAACAAUGUAUUUUUAUAUCUAAUAUUGAAUGAGAUCAGCGAUGCGUGAUUCAUGAUUUGUUCGCACCGGUGAGUCCUGAUUGUUGACCUUCAUCGUUUAUUUGUCAAUGAGACACAGCCUUGCUAUGGCCUUGCUCUUUCUUUCUGCAUCAAGUGGACGUGCUGCUAUUUCGAUCCGUUGGAAAAAUCGUCAGGUAUUAUUAUUAGUAUUACGCACGUGCUACGGAUUACACACGUACGUACGUAAUUAUUGUCGGAAACAAUUUGCUCUUCUCUUUUCAACAUUGUGCCAGAUAUUUUACACAUGAUAACUCUCGGGGAGUUCACCGAGAGUCAUUACCAAGAAUUAUCGUUUCUAGCGCGCCAUGAAAGGUCAUACAUUAUAUUUCAUCCGGUAGGAUGAACAAGCUAAUAUAAUCUCUCUCAAAGUUAUGAAAAACGGAAACGGUAUAAAACGCUUCGUGGCACACUGAUGCAUCUAUGUACACUAAUAACAACUAAUAACACCGUAUAUACAUCUAUACAUAAUAUAUAAAUCCCGUGAGCAACACUUCGUGUUUUAUUUGUUGUGAGUCAGUUUCGUUCGCGAGGGUGCAUACUUUCAACUCAACUUUCUGUAAACUUUAAAUCUUUAGAGAUGACUAGUGUCAUGCUGUUUUUGUUGUCAUUAUGUCAUCUGUGGCAACAAAUCUCUGCACAAAUGAUUUUUGAAAGUACAGCGCCAACAACCGCUAUUGUGAAUCGACAAUGUCAGUGCAUCCUAGGAAUUAUUUGUCCCCCGGGCACUGAUGGUGGCGUUAACAUCAGAAUUGUAAACAGGGGAAUAAGUUGUCCUGCCGGAUAUAUAUUGUGUUGUACGUCUAAUGGAGGUGGAGGUGGAGGUGGAGGUGGAGGUAUUAAUGAUCCUUCUUGCGGUAUUCGAAAAAUCGCACCUUCCACGGAUCCGGUAGGACAAGCUGUUUAUGGUGCAUAUCCCUGGAUGGUAGCCCUUUUGACUAAAAAUAAUAACGGUUAUGUCGGAGGAGGAGUGCUUAUCAGUGCAACGCAUGUUCUUACUGUUGCUCAUAAAGUAGCAAAUUAUAGCACCUCAAAUAACCUCAAAGUAAGAUUGGGUUCUUUAAAAUUGGAAGGGAACGCUCAAGCUACCACUGAACCUAAUCCGUAUGUGGAGAUUUCCGUUUCAAAAGUGACUUUACACGAGCAAUAUAAUCCGCAAAGUCUUCAAAACGAUAUAGCGAUACUUAAACUAAGCUCGGCUGCUCCGAUUGCAACCAGUCCUAACAUUAAUACGGCAUGUUUGCCAUCUGCAGCAACUGCUGCAGGAACAAGAUGUUGGGUGUCAGGCUGGGGAAAAGAUGCCUUUGGAAAUAGCGGAAUGUAUCCAAGAAGUCUGAAAGAGGUAGAUGUGCCUGUAAUAAGUCCAGCGGAUUGUCAAACGGCCUUACGGAAAAAGACAAGACUUGGUGACUUCUUUGUUUUGAGCAGUAGCUUUAUGUGCGCAGGAGGCGAAGUUGGCAAAGAUGCAUGCACUGGCGAUGGAGGUUCACCGCUGGUGUGUUCAACAAAUAACGGGCCCUAUCAAGUUGUCGGAUUAGUGACAUGGGGUAUAGGUUGUGCAAAUGCAGAAGUACCUGGUGUAUACACUGAUGUGUUCAAUUUCCGUUCUUGGAUUAUACAACAAGCGACAUAAAAUGUAUAAUUUAAAAAUGUACAACAUAUCUUAAUAAAAAUUAAUUAAACAAAAAAUAUAUAAAUAUAUGUAGAUCGAAAUAUUCAGAGAAAAUAGAUAAUUCAGACAUCAUUCGAUUAGGC